GUCGAACUUGUUUGUGUCUAUGCAUUCAUUAAAACGUCUGUAAUAUUAUCGUUACGAACCAAAACAACCAACAAGAGUUUAAAAGUUAUCGUUUAAGACAAUAAAAUUCAAUUAAUCCUCGGUUGUUCUAGAGUAAUGUUGCAUGUGAAAAGUACCGCUUGAGUGUUAAAAUUUGACGUACAUAUAAGAUAGGGAUCUGGAAAUAUUGAAAACAUGUUAGACCUCUUCAAAUUAUUAGUAGUUCUAAACUUAUCGGUUGCAAUUAAGUGUAUACCUACGACUACAACUCCACGGCCACAAUCCCAUUGUGGAUACGAAUCUUGUCAUCCAAUCAAAGGUGGUGAUUACAUUAAUGUGCAUAUAGUCCCUCACACUCACGAUGAUGUCGGCUGGUUGAAAACUGUUGACCAAUACUAUUACGGCAGUAAAACCAACAUUCAAAACGCCGGUGUCCAGUACAUUUUGGACUCCGUCGUAGAAUCUCUCAAGAAAGAUCCAAACAGAAGAUUCAUCUACGUGGAAACUGCGUUUUUCUGGAAAUGGUGGAUCAAACAGCACGACACAGUGAAAUCCCAAGUGAGAAGAUUCGUGAAGAACGGCCAAUUGGAAUUCAUAAGCGGAGGAUGGAGCAUGAACGACGAGGCUGUGACCCAUUACCAGUCGAUUAUAGACCAGAUGACGUGGGGAUUGAGGAAAUUAAACGAUUCCUUCGGCGAGUGCGGUAGACCUAAAAUGGGCUGGCAAAUAGAUCCCUUCGGCCACAGCAGAGAAAUGGCCUCGAUUUUCGCCCAAUUAGGUUUCGAUGGGAUUUUGUUAGGAAGGAUCGAUUACCAGGACAAGGACCACAGAAUGCGAACCAAAACGCCGGAAAUGGUGUGGAGGAGCAGCCAAAACCUGGGCGAAAAUAGCGAUAUAUUCACCGGAGUGAUGUUCAACGUGUAUUCUCCUCCGGCUGGAUUUUGUUUCGACAUUCUCUGCUCCGAUGAACCAAUUAUAGACGAUAAGAAAAGUGCCGACUACAAUGUUAAUAAAAGAGUGGAUGAAUUCGUAAAAUACUUAAACUCCCAACGUCAACACUACGACUCCAAUAAUCUCGUUAUCACGAUGGGCAACGAUUUCAAUUACCAAGACGCCAACACUUGGUUUAAGAAUCUAGACAAACUGAUAAGUUAUACGAACGCUAGACAAGCGAACGGGUCGUUGUACAAUUUGCUGUACUCCACGCCAUCUUGCUACGUGAAAGCGAUUUACGAUCAAACCAAAGGCAAGAAGAAAUGGCCGGUGAAACGAGACGAUUUCUUCCCGUACGCCUCGGAUCCUCAUGCCUUCUGGACGGGGUACUUCACCUCCAAACCCACAAUCAAGAGGUUCGAAAGGGAAGGCAAUAAUUUCUUGCAGGUUUGCAAGCAAUUGUACACUUUAGCGGAUUUGGAUCCGAUAGAUAGGGUCGAUCUGAACGCAAUGAGAGAAGCUAUGGGUGUCAUGCAGCAUCACGAUGCAAUCACCGGCACAGAAAAAGACCACGUAGCUCACGAUUACGCUAGAAUACUAACAGACGGCAUCAAGGAAUGCGAGGAUAUUACCAGCAAAGCUUUGAACAAAAUGAUAUCACCCAAUCUAGACAAUCCCAUUAACUUCGUGAAUUGCCCUUUGCUGAACAUCAGCCAAUGCGAGUUCACGGAGAAACGGCCCAAUUUCAUCGUGACGAUUUACAAUCCCCUAAGUCGACCUGUAUCUAAAUUCGUACGCCUUCCAGUCACCGGGAAAUCCUACCAAGUGGUGGAUCCCUCAGGCAAAAAAUUAGACACGCAAUUGGUGCCGAUUGCCGAUGCUGUUAGGGCGAUACCGGGAAGGGCCAGCGCCGCGCAAAACGAACUAAUUUUCCAGGCCACUGCCCUUCCACCAUUGGGCUUCAAAUCGUAUUACGUGCAGAGACUUAGCGGUAACGAAAUAUCGAAGGUGCAAACGUUGAGGAACUAUAAAUUAGGAGAGGCCGAAUUUCAGAUAGACACCAGAACCGGCCUGAUCAACAAAGUGACGAUAAACGAACAAACUAUUGACCUGAAGCAGGAGUUUUAUUACUACAAGGGCGCCGUGGGUAACAAUUCCAAGUUCAUCGACAGAUCAUCCGGGGCGUACAUCUUCCGGCCUGAAGGUGACGCCAUUAAAGUCAGCGAUAAGGCGGAUCUGAAGAUAUACAAGGGUUCAUUGGUCUCGGAAAUCCAUCAGAAAUUCAACGAUUGGAUCAGCCAAGUGAUCAAAGUGUACGGUGGCGAAAAUUACAUCGAAUUCGACUGGAUUGUUGGUCCUAUACCCGUUGAUAAGUCCAACGGUAAGGAAGUUGUAACGAGAUACAAGACCGCCUUGAAGUCCAACUCGACCUUUUACACGGACUCCAAUGGCCGCGAAACGCUGACGAGGAUCAGGAAUUUCAGGCCCAACUGGAAUUUGAAACUGGACGAGCCGGUGGCCGGCAAUUACUAUCCCGUCACAGCUAAGAUAGCUCUAAGGGACGAGGAUAGAGGUUUAGAGGUGGCUGUGCUCACCGACAGGGCCGAAGGAGGAACCAGCUUGAAGGACGGCGAAAUCGAACUCAUGCUUCAUCGAAGAUGCAUCCAUGACGAUGGUUUCGGGGUAGGCGAAGCUCUAAAUGAAACGGCUUUCGAUAAAGGGCUGGUGGUUAGAGGGUCUCAUUACGUGGUUGUGGGACAAACAAAUAACAAGAAUCCGGGAGGCAAAACGGUGGCAGCUCAGGAGCGAGAUAUAAUUCAGCAAAAACUGCUAUCGUCUUGGAUCUUCUUAUCCGAUAUCAACGAUUACACUGAAGAACAAUACAGAGCUCGCUUCAAAAUGGACCAUUCGGGAUUAGUUAGAAAUUUACCGGACAAUGUUCAAAUACUGACACUCGAGCCGUGGAAAGGCGACUCAAUUUUACUGAGGCUCGAACAUGUAUUGGAAAUAAAGGAUGAUCCGGAACUCUCGAAACCCGUUACUGUUGAUUUAAAGAAUUUAUUCGUGCCGUUCAAUAUCACCAGUAUGAGGGAAACGACUCUAGGUGGAAACCAAUGGCUCUCUGAUAAUCAAAGACUCCGUUUCGAUAGCGAUUCCCUGUUAGAAGAUCUUUGGAAAGCUGAUGGUGGUUAUCAGGAAUGGGCCAAGCAAAAAUGGAUGGACAGUUUUAAAGAGCCCCGAGAUUUUAUCGAAGAUUUUAAGGAAGAUGAUAUGAAAAUCACAUUGAAUCCCAUGCAGAUACGCACGUUUAUUUUGAACGUUUCGAGAAAAAAUCUUUAAAAUAAUUGUGUAAUAAUUAUGUAGUAGUUUUAAAGGAUGUUUGUAUGAUUGAAUAUUCUGUAAAGGUUUUUUUUUUUAAUUAAAGUUAAUUAGAUAAAAA